CUCUGUGUUUUCGCUUCCUUCAUUGGCAGGAUAAGCAGCUCACUGCAAGCUACUGUGAUGGGCUGCUUUUGAAAAGACACAAAUACAGUUCAGUCUUAAAUAGUGCCGAUUAAACUUAUCAGAACCACAAGGACCGCUCGAACCUUGAAUUUAACAGUAUUGACAGAAUGACGAGAAAAGGUUGGGAUGAGGAGCUCUUGGAUCAUGCUGUAAUGUCACAGUAAAACAAACUUGUUUCUUCAGUAUUUACCUGAUACGUGUACAAUGGAAUCAAGAAAUGAAAUUCAAGAUAUUUACUAAAGUUUAGGUUAAGUGGUGAAAGCUUUGGGACCGUCAGCGCCUCUUGUAGUGGGGAGUGAGCUGGCCAUGUCGGGGGUCCCAACCCCUCCUCCCCCAGGGGAGAUGUCCAUUGGGCCUGUGGCGGAGAGCUGGUGCUAUACCCAGGUCAAGGUAGUGAAAUUUUCCUACAUGUGGACCAUAAACAACUUCAGCUUCUGUCGAGAAGAGAUGGGUGAAGUUUUGAAGAGCUCUACCUUCUCCUCAGGGCCUAAUGAUAAGAUGAAAUGGUGCCUACGAGUCAAUCCGAAGGGACUCGAUGAUGAAAGUAAAGAUUAUCUAUCACUAUAUUUGCUACUAGUUAGUUGUCCAAAAAGUGAAGUCAGAGCCAAGUUCAAGUUUUCUUUACUGAACGCUAAACGGGAGGAGACAAAAGCUAUGGAAAGCCAAAGAGCCUAUCGGUUCGUCCAAGGCAAAGACUGGGGCUUCAAAAAAUUUAUUAGGAGAGAUUUUCUGCUUGAUGAAGCAAAUGGACUGCUACCGGAUGAUAAACUCACGUUAUUUUGUGAGGUAAGUGUUGUUCAGGACUCUGUGAACAUCUCCGGACAGUCCAACAUGAACAUGUUGAAGGUUCCGGAGUGCCAGCUGUCCGAUGAUCUGGGUAACUUGUGGGAAUGCUCACGCUUCACGGACUGCACUCUAUAUGUGGGAGGGCAGGAGUUCAAAGCCCACAAAUCCAUCCUGGCAGCGAGAUCACCGGUCUUUAAUGCCAUGUUUGAACAUGAAAUGGAGGAAAGUAAAAAGAACCGAGUUGACAUCAGUGAUGUUGAACCAGAGGUUUUCAAAGAAAUGAUGGGCUUCAUAUACACAGGAAAAUCACCAAAUUUAGAGAAAAUGGCUGAUAGUUUAUUAGCCGCAGCAGAUAAAUACGCUCUGGAGCGCUUAAAGGUCAUGUGUGAGGAAGCCCUUUGCAACAGCCUCUCGGUGGAGAACGUGGCAGACACCCUCAUCCUGGCCGACUUGCACAGCGCAGAGCAGCUCAAAGCACAGGCCAUAGAUUUUAUCAACAGGUGCAGUGUCCUCCGACAGCUGGGCUGUAAAGAUGGGAAAAACUGGAAUAGCAAUCACGCCAUGGACAUAAUGGAGACUGCGGGCUGGAAGUCAAUGAUCCAGUCUCAUCCUCACUUAGUGGCGGAGGCUUUCCGCGCGCUCGCGUCAGCACAGUGCCCCCACUUCAGUCUGCCCAGGAAGCGCCUAAAACAGUCGUGACGACGUUCCCGCUGCUCUCUCCUGGCCUCUGGCCUGUCCUGGGGACAGAAAACAGUGGAGUUUAGACUCUAUCCCAUUGACAUCCGGACUGACAGCACGGGACUGGGACGGGCUGGCUUGUAAACGGCAGCGAAAGCUGUUCACACCCUACCUGAGCGAUGGGUUCGGCAUCUGAGCUUUAUUUUGCGUAUCUUUCUGUCACUUCAAACAGCCUUAAACUAUCUGCCAUGAGUUUUUGAAUUCUCUCAGUUCUACUCUGUGCCUGCCUUGUCCCAUGAGACCAGGCCUCUUCCUUGUUGCACUAGUUCCCAAAAGUCUCGCUGUUUUGUAUGCCGCUUCCUAGGAAUGCGUCACGAGUUCGAUCCACGGGAAAUAGUAUAUAUUCCUAAUGUUUAGUUGUGCGACUAGACAUUAAAUAAAUGUUAACACAAUAAGUGCAAGGUCAUUUCUUUACACCUUUUGAAAAGAUCGCUAUGCCCCAUAUUGAUGGCACGAUUUCUAUGUAAAGACACGGUUUAACCAAAUUAUUGUUUGUGUCCUGCCCCUUGACCUGUGAAAACAUUCAAAGUGUCACGUAUUCACAAUUUGACAAAUGACUAGACACAAUAAGGUUGCUAUAUACAGACUAGUAGUUGGAAAUUGUCUGGCCCAUAAUGCAUUUGUGUAAGCUGAUUGAACUAGACGAUCCAUCUUCAAACACAUUGUCCGCUGUGAUCAGGAAUUGUUUGGAUGCUGAGCAUCAGAGUGUGGCAUUCCUGUGUAUGUCAUAUGGAUUGAUGAAUGUGAUUGGGAGGUACAGAUAGAUUGAUUGUGGUGUUCCAGUCGAACUGACAGUGAUUUGGAAGAGGACUCUACAUUGUGUCAUGCUGUGUUCUGUUAAAGGACAUGUUUUGUGAAGAUUCUGGAAUAUGUUCAGUCUUUUAAAAAAAAUGUUGUCUGCGAGAAUGCCUGCAUUAACUCAUUAAAAAGGUUUUUCAGCA